CACACAGUGAGUACCAGCAUGGCGGAAACAGGAGUCCCUCCGGUGCCCAGUCCUGCGGCCAUGUCCUACCCAUCAGCCUCUGUUAACCUGCCCACAGGUACAGAAGUGUUCAGGACCUACUCUGGAGCCUUCAUGUGUCUGGAAAUUAUAUUUGGGGCACUUGUUUGGAUCUUAGUGGCGGCCUCAAAUGUUCCGGUACCCGUAGUUCAAGGAUGGGUCAUGUUUGUGUCGGUGACUGCAUUUGCCUGCUCACUCCUUCUACUCUUGGUCUUCCUCACCGGCCUUGUCCAUAUGAUUCAGACCAACUGGAAUUUCGUGGAUCUCGCCUAUCACUUGACCGCAUUUGUAUUCUAUUUUGGAGCCUUUGUCCUUGAAGCUGCAGUGACAUCUCUAGCCAAUCUUAUUCGGAAGGAGAAUGCGACUGUCAUAAACCUUGAUAACCGCAUGCUCGGGCUGAACGUGGCUGCAACGAUAUUUGCUUUCACAGUUACUGUUUGUUAUGGCUGCAGCACGGUCCUGGGAUUUCGGAGAUGGAGAUCUUAAAAGUCUUUAAAAAAAAAAAAAGACCAGGCAGACAUCUUUUCUGAAACUGGUACAAGUCAAUGGAUGUAAGAGAAAGAACUGUAAUGUAGAACGCUGUCACAAAGAGAUCAGUUGAUAUGGAAGGCUGAUCCAAUGUGGGAUCCAGAUAUAACCGCAGGAGGAAAAACAAAAAAGAAAGCCUGGAAUUCUCCUUCUAACAUUCUAUGUGCAGUGAUUUGCAGCUCUAAGAAGCCUUCUGCAACAUCCACAUCAAAAAAGACAGACGUACAGGAAUGCUGUAUAUAAGACUUUAUAUAUGUUUAAGCAGCAAUGGAAAUUUUAUAUCAGCACUGUCAGAAAUUAUUAAACAUAGUCAUAAUAUAAAUUUUGGACCCACAAUGUAAUAACCCUGAAGAUGAUAUUUCAACGAUUCCAAGAUUGUCCAUGUUUGCCAAAAAAAAGACGAUGAUGCACCACAAACUCUCUGCCAUAUGUUAUACUGAAGAUAUAGGCAAUAAUGAGACGGCUAAGAGAUAUGUCUCUGAAUAUUGCUGGCUAGAAAUGUCUGGAUGUUUUGUUGCCCGAGCAAUUUCCAGGUUGGCAAACGGGCAACAAAAUACUCCGAAUCGCUCCCUGUUCACUACAAUGGCAAUCAGCUCUUCUUAUUGAUGCUUCAUAUAUAUAUAUUUUGCCCCAAUGAGGAUGAGGUGUGUAGAUAGUUGUUGUUUAGAAGGUUUCACAUGAUUUUCACUUGGAUUGGAAAAGUGUAGAUGGGUUCAGAGAUAGCCAGCAUUUUAAUCAUGUUAUAUUGUUUAUUAUAAAUUAUUAUAUUUCAUGGUUUCUGAGACUGGUUUUGGCUAACUGUGAACCCAUCUGUAAAAAAACAAUCCAAGAGAGUCCUGACCCAAGUUAAAGUUGACUCCUAAACUAGUCAUCCUACUCUUGAAAACGGCUUCAUCGCUGUCUGGUUUUGGGCAAGUUGCUGUAUCUCUCUUUUGCAACACUCUCUGAAAAUAAGAUUAUAUUAGAUUAUUAAUCCAUAAUUGUAUUAUUCAUGGGGUUCAUACGGGUGCUAUUAUAAAGACCUCAAUUUGUUGAUAUGAAACUGACAUUUUCAUCAAACCACAAAUGUCUCUAAUGGCCCUUGUACUUGUACUUGUUUGUAAUUGUCCCGGAGUCAUUAAUAUUAAUGAGCAUUACUGUACAACAUGCUCCACUCUUUGUUCAUCUACUUAGGAGUCAUUUGUUCCACCAGGUAAAUGAUAUAUUAAGCUGUAUCAACAUAUCUUCACAUUUACGUUAACCUUUGUGAAUGUUACAGGGCAGGGGCAGGGCAACUCAACCCUGGUCUAUGGCACGUUUAGCAUUGUGAUGACUGCAGUACGUUUGUAACAGUGAUCACCAUGGAUGGAAAGCUGUAGGCUGGACAGGCCAGACCAAAAGCCUACAUGUUUGCAUUGUAACUGUAAACUCUUUAAAAAAAAGUUUUUUUUGUGAUUUAAAUAUCCAGUAUGUUUUACAAGAAGAUUCUUUUGGUGCAUUUUACAAGAAAAAAAAGCCCUAAAAAUAAAAAAAAGUAUUUGUUUUAUCCCCUGA